UAUGCGCGCGCUUUGUACAUAUCGGAUGACAGCUACUGCAGAUAUAAUGUUACCUCAUUUGUGAAGAAAUGGUAAAACUACUUAAAUCAAAUCCGCUUUUGCCUUUAAUGGUAUUAAGUGCUAUAAAUGGAUAUUAUAUAGUUUCAUGCAAUCAAACUACUCAACACCCAUCUAGAACCGUCAUUGUGUGGCACGCAAGCACGGUGCAGUCAUUUGCUGCACAAAAGGACUUUAUACUACGUGGCAUCUCUCAACUCCAAACUGAUUACUCAGAGAUAAUCAUAAUUCCAGUUAGUGCAACUGGUAAUGAAACAUUGAAAAUUACAAAGACUGAUAAGGACUGGAUAAGUGAUUUCGUAUAUCUAAGAUUCAACCAGGGUAAUGUCAUUCAAAAUACACUAAUAAAAGAUGCUUUAAGAAAGUAUCUUAAUCAUGAUACAAAAACAAAGAUUGCCGAAAUGCUAUACUUUGUUGUCGAUGAUGCUUCAGAAAUAGACAAUGUGAAUGAAGUGGUAAAUGAAUUAAAACGGAAGAAGGUAUUCGUGAUUUGCGCAACACAUUCAGGAAUUCCAAAGAUGUGGCAAAGUCUUGCGACGGACAAGAACCACAUCUUACAGCUGACUGGAAAUAAAGAUGAUGUUGUCGUGGAAAAUAAACUGAUCGGGCUUAGUUACAAUGACUCUCGACUUCCCUGUGAUACCAACUUAUACUGGGAUGAUGUAAGAUGCACGGAAUGCAUAAACAUGUGCUCCAUGAUAACAAAAUCUGUACCACCUAAGUGCGAAAAGCACUGCCCUUAUCUGGACAGAACGCCAACAAAUCUCCCGACAACUAUAAUACAAGAAGAUGUUGAAACAAUUAUUUCGGACCAUAAAGGGCUCAUCAUUGGUGUUAUAGUUAUUACUAUUAUCAUUGUGAUCUGUUUGAUCUGUCUUGUCGUCUUGAGAAAAAGGUGUUGUCGGAGACAAAGGGAUGUCGAGACUGCACUUGCUGGUAGAGAUACCACUGCAGUUACGGAAACAGGACACACUGAAGCCGGAGAUAAUGUACCAAACAAUGAUGACCAUAGCACUGAGGAACAGGAUGAGGGACAUGAAGAGACGUCUUUUCUUGAUUCGCAAGCAGUAGAUGACACGGCUUCACUUGCUACAGAUGACGACAGUGGAAGAGAGAGUGCUGUAAGUGAACCCACUGGACAAAGUGAAAACCAUCCAGAGGAACCGGUUGAAACAAAUGAAGAAAAAAUACCAUUUAGUAUAGACUUUAGAUCUGGCGCCGAACUAGAUGCAAAUGGUCACACUUUUGGAGGGCCUGUCGUAAAACUCCACGCAGAUACUCCUGCAGAUGCGACAUACGUUAAAGGACAGUAUCCGGAGGAUAUGUAGAGAGAGGAUGAUAUAGAGUCAAACAAAAUGGACUGUACUGUAGUUAGUUAUUUUGUUUGUUGGCUGUUCAUAGCAAUAUUCUUAUUAUCAUUAUUUGUAAUAUAUAUAGAUGAUGGUGAACAACCAUACUUCGAUGGAGUUUUCAAAUCACCUUCCGUUGUUGAGGCUGAUUAAAUAAACUCGCGUAAACAAAGUUCUCAGCAUCCUUUUAUGUUAAAUAACACAUAAAUAAUGUUUAAUUAUUGUUGUGCAGCAUAUAAAAAGUUGGUGCAUGUGAACUCUUAGCGGUCCUUGGUUUUAAAUCUUGAGGAAAAGGUAAGACUCAAUGUCUCUUAAAAAAACAUAACACUUCGGGAAUGUCUUCUACAAUUUUAGUGGCUGAUCAGUCAGUCCAUAUACAUUUAAUUGCCAGACUGAGAUAUGGCUAACAACUACACUGGUGCAAAGCGUUAUGUACUAUUUCUUAUAUUAUAUCGCACUUUACUAUACUAUACGCAGAGACAAAAUAUGAGCGCUUUACUCCAUUUCAAAACCUUGGGCACGCUUACAAAUGUAUAUAUUUGAACUGACGUAAACAUUGAUUUUUGACUAUGUAUGUCUUUAUUAAAGAAACACGCAUUUAGAUUUAUGCUUCCAUAUGCAUUUCUAAAGGGCAAGUAAAUUUAUUAUACAUUUUCCUCAGUUAUGUCCCCCUUUUUUACUUUGAAUUUCUUGGUUAACGUUUUUUUGUUAAGGUUCAUUUUUCUCAAAAAGUACCGAGUAUCAAAAAUGUUCACUUAAAACUUGGAGUGCCUGACUAUGUAAUUUAAAACGCAUUUCCAUUGGGCAGAUAAGCAUUUUUUGCUUAAUUAUUUCCUUUGUAUUUCUUAAUAUUUUGCCUUUUUCACACACACAAAGAAAAUAAAAUAAUAAUGAAUGAAAUAACUAACAAGGGCAGGUAAAGUCUGCACAUUUGCAGAAUUAUAACUUAACAUUCACGUGCUUUUGUUUGUUUGUUUGUUUAGAUUUGAAUAGCAUCCCGAAACAACCACUUUUCAAUCACAACCUAAAUUCGAACACAUUGCUGAUGUCAUGUCAGACUAAAUUGCACGAAGUAACAUGUUGCAUGUUGUGUAAACUUCAACUUCUGCAGAAAUGCCAAAUUUGAUUAAUUAAUUGUCAAGUUUUAAGUGAGACAUUGUAACAGUAACUAUAUAAACAUAUUCACUUGUUUAAAAUAGGGACAAACAUUUUUCCAAGCAAGCUAUUUUUUUUUAUAAAGUAUUACCUACAGAAGUUUUACCAUUUACCUCAGUCAUAGGUGUAUUUAAAAUAAUAACUUAUAUGAUGUAGCACGACUUUACAUAGUGGUCCUUAUUAAUAUAUUUUUCAAAUGAUGAUUGUACAAUAGAUCUUUUCUAAGUGAUACCAACUGGCAGAUCUAGUCAAAUUUCCAUAUUUGUCAAUAUUACAAAGUGGGGAAGGUAAAAUGGCUGUGAUGGUUGGAUGCAUUUAUCAUUUUGCGCCCCAAUAAACGUACUAAGAAAUGACACCUUCAGCUGCUCUUUUUGUACACAUUAACAGUUUUCUAAGAAAGACCAAUUUUAAAAUUGAUAAAUGUUAAUAGAUUCUUUAAAGGCUAAAAGAUUUCAAGCAUAACCCCCCCCCCCCAUUAUUAUUGACUGAAAACAGGUUAACUGAUUGAAUAUUGGUUAUUCUGGGGAAAAAAGUAGAGGUAUUGUUACAGUCAUGGCGGCGUUCCCGUUGCCGUUUUCGUCCCCAAACUUUAACCUUGAUCGUUACUUUCUAAGUUCUCAUAUUUGGCCACAACGACCCUUGGGACAAGACUUUCAAGAAAACUAGACUAAACUUUGCGUUCAUUCAUAAAUGACCUCGACAUUCAAGGUCAAAUGGCUAAAUUUUGCUUGAUUUUUGCUGAUUUUGCUAUAAGUGGCUAUAACUUUGUUCUUUUUGAAUGGAUGGCUUGCAGACUUGAACAUAACAAUCUUCUAGGAAAGACCUUCAAUUUAACCAAGGAGAUCUUGACCUUCACUCAUAAAUAACAUUGAAGGUCAAAUUAUUGUUGGUUUCAUUUUUGCUGCAACUAGCUAUUUCCUAGUUAUUAUUGAAUGGAUCUUUAUAUCAAACGCAAAGUGACAUUGACAAGUGCAGUUAUUGAAUUUCGAUUACAUCGUCAUAAUUUUGUUAUUUAUAUACGGAUUUGAUUUAUACUUGACCUUUACAUAAUUGACAUUGACUGUCAAGGUCAAAUUAAUAAAAUUCUCUAAUUUCCUAUAUCUUUGACAGCUGAACCAUGUGCACAGUUUUAGAUGUAAAUUUGAACUUUGAUAUCAGUUGACUUAGAUUUUAACAAAGUGACCUAGUUUUGAACUUUGAUAUCAGCUGACAUAGAAAUUUUAUGAAGUGACCUACUUUUUUGUGCAAUGAAAUUUUAGACAAUUUGCACAGUUUCAGAUGUAAAAUUGAACUUUGAUAUCAGCUGACCUAGAUUUUGAAAACUUGUCUUUUUAUGUACAGCUAUGAAAUUUAGACCAUGUGCAAAGUUUUAGAUGUAAAAUUGAACUUUGAUUUAAGCUGACCUUAAUAAUUGAAGAAAGUGAAUAUGCUAUUGUCCUUUGAUGUACAGCUAUGAAAUUUGAACCAUGUGCACAGUUUUAAAUUUAAAAUUGAACUUUGAUAUCAUCUGACCCAGAUUUUGAUAAACUGACCUACUUUCUAAUCAUUUGAUGUACAGCUAUGAAAUUCAGACCAUGUGCAUUGUUUUAGACCAGUGACCUAGAUAAUUUGAUAUGAUAACCUACUUUCUUUCCCUUUGAUGUACAGCUAGUCAAUUUGGACAAUGUGCACAGUUUAAGAUUGAUAUCAGCUGACAUAAAUAAUUUGAUGAAAUGGCUAAUUUCUUGUUGUUUUUGUACACCUGUGAAAUUUGGACCAUGUGCACAGUUUAGAUGUAAAAUUGAUAAUUAAACAUUAUAGUAAUGAGUAAUUUUUGUACAGAAACAAGUGUGACUAGACCUAACUAUUGAAAUAAAAAAGGGAAGAACGGAUUUUCUUUCUUCAAGAUUUAUUUUAAGUCUUUUAUUUCUUUGCUUUUAGAAAAAGUGUAAGAAACGAGCAUUGUCCCUGCCAGGCCGUGGCUCUUGUUUUGUGGAGGCAUAAACCUUUAAGCUUGUUUCAGUAAUGUUGACGUGUAUUUAUUGUUGAAUUAUGUACAUGUUUAGUAUAUGAUUGAGACUAGAGCAUCACACUAAAUACCAUAUUCCGGUAUACAUCGGACAAAGCGCUUGAAUAUUAAAGAUCCUGUAACACAAUUUUUUCAUGGUUUUAUUUCAUAAAUAUGAUGCACAAAUUAAGAUUUGUCAAUAUUGUAAGUUCCAAUAAGCAUUCUAAGUCAAAUUCUGCAAUAAGAAAUGAAUGCAUGUAAUUUAUUGAUUAAAUAUUAUGUGCACAAAUAUUUGAAGUACACAUUUUACAUAUU